UCCUACUUUUCCAGGACAGCUAUCCCCGGAAUGUACGAUAAUGUGAAACAAAUCAUUAUGUCACACCUUAAGGAAGCUGAGAGUGGUGUGGUCCACUUCACAUCUGGAAUAUGGAUGAGUAACCAGACCCGGGAGUACCUGACACUCACUGCUCACUGGGUCACCUUCGAGUCUUCGGUCCGACCUCACUGUGAGGAUCACCACUGCUCAGCACUGUUAGACGUGUCACAGAUUGACUGCGACUAUAGCGGCAACAGCAUUCAGAAGCAGCUGGAAUGUUGGUGGGAGGCAUGGGUGACAUCCACUGGCCUUCAGGUUGGCAUUACAGUGACUGACAAUCCCAGCAUAGGAAAGACGCUGAAUGAAGGGGAGCACUCCAGCGUGCAGUGCUUCAGUCACACGGUGAACCUCAUUGUCAACGAGGCCAUUAAGAGCCAGAGAAUGGUGCAGAAUUUACUCAGCAUUGCUCGGAAGCUAUGUGAGCGCGUGCUUCGCUCACAUGCAGCAAAAGAGAAACUGGCAGAGCUGCAGAAGGAGUAUGAAUUGCCGCCCCACCACCUUAUUCAGGACGUCCCGUCCAAAUGGAACACGUCGUUUCAUAUGCUCGAACGGCUCAUUGAGCAGAAGAGAGCAAUUAACGAGAUGUCCAUCGAGUGUAAUUUCAGAGAACUGAUCAGUUGCGACCAGUGGGAGGUCAUGAAGUCUGUGUGUCAUGCGCUGAAGCCCUUUGAUGCUGCGAGUCGGGAGAUGAGCAGCCACAUGUCUACCCUCAGCCAGGUCAUCCCCAUGAUCCACAUUCUGAACAGAAAAAUCGAGAUGCUGUUUGAGGAGACCAUGGGCAUCGACACCAUGCUGAAGUCUCUGAAGGAAGCCAUGGUGAGCCGACUGUCCGCCACCCUCCACGACCCCAGGUACAUCUUUGCUACACUGUUGGACCCUCGUUACAAAGCCUCCCUGUUCUCCGAGGAGGAGGCGGAGCAGUACAAGCAGGAUUUAAUCAGGGAACUAGAAAUGCUGAAUUCUACCUCAGAGGACAUACCUGUCUCCAAUGGGUGUCCUCCAGGCUCCCCAUCGAGAGACUCCAGUGGGGACGAGAGCCUGUGGUCACUCAUG